UCCGCCAUGGACUGAGGCGACGCGAUGGGCAACAAGGAGUCCCGCAUCGGCUUCCUCACCUACGACGAGGCCCUGCGGAGGGUGACGGAUGUAGAGCUGAAGCGGCUGAAAGAUGCCUUCAAGAGGACCUGCGGACUCUCGUGCUACAUGAGCCAACAGUGCUUCAUUAGGGAAGUGCUCGGCGAUGGAGUCCCUCCGAAGGUUGCAGAGGUCAUAUACUGUUCUUUUGGCGGUACAUCCAAAGGACUACAUUUCAAUAACCUGAUAGUGGGCUUGGUCCUCCUGACGAGGGGGCGAGAUGAAGAGAAGGCAAAAUACAUUUUCAGCCUCUUCGCUAACGAAUCCGGCAGCUAUGUUGUCCGUGAAGAAAUGGAGAGGAUGCUCCAGGUGGUCGAUGGGAAAAUCCCGGACACUGUUAAGAAAUGCUUCUCAGAGGGUGAAAAGGUAAACUACGACAAAUUCAGGAACUGGUUGCUGCACAACAAAGAGGCCUUCACGUUUUCCCGCUGGCUGCUCUCUGGAGGAGUGUACGUGACCCUCACGGAUGACAGCGACACCCCCACCUUCUAUCAGACUCUCGCUGGAGUCACGCACUUGGAAGAAUCGGAUAUCAUUGAUCUCGAGAAACGGUAUUGGCUCCUGAAAGCUCAAUCGAGAACGGGGCGUUUUGACCUGGAAACGUUUGGUCCUUUGGUUUCUCCUCCCAUUCAUCCAUCUCUGGGUGAAGGUCUAUUCAAUGCCUUCGAUGAAAAUCGCGACAACCACAUAGAUUUCAAGGAAAUCUCCUGCGGACUGUCGGCCUGCUGCAGGGGACCUCUGGCAGAAAGGCAAAAAUUUUGCUUCAAGGUUUUCGAUGUUGAUCGGGACGGGGUUUUAUCUCGUGUCGAGCUCGAGGAAAUGAUGGUUGCCCUUUUGGAGGUCUGGAAGGAUAAUCGCACGGAUGACGUUCCUGAGCUGCACAUGAAUCCACCUGACAUUGUAGAGAGUGUUUUGAAGUCACAUGACACCACCAAGCUCGGCCACCUCACUCUGGAGGAUUACCAGAUCUGGAGCGUGAAGAGCGCUCUCGCCAACGAGUUUUUAAACCUGCUUUUCCAGGUGUGCCAUAUAGUCUUAGGGUUAAGGCCUGCCACACCGGAAGAGGAAGGUCAAAUAAUUAGGGGCUGGUUAGAACGAGAGAGCCGGUACGGUCUCCAGCCAGGGCACAACUGGUUUCUGAUUGCGUCGCAGUGGUGGCAGCAGUGGAAGGAAUAUGUCAAAUAUGAAGCAAACCCCAUGGUGAUAGCACCCUCGUCCCUCUUAAACGGAGGUAAGACUUUGCUCCUGUCUCCUGCAACCCAUGCGCCACAGCAGGGAGAAGAGACAGCAGGCAGUGUAAAUCGCUUCCGUGCCACAGAAGAAAAGUGCUCAGAUAACAUUUCCACUGCAUCAGAAGCCUCAGAGACCACUAGCAGCAGCUUUCUUUAUGGCUCCGCGUCCGGCAACGAAAUGUGUUUUCCUCGGCAACUGAACACUUCAGACAACAACAAUCAGUGCCUACUCGGAUCCAAUGGGAACACGUUAGGCCAGCUAAAUCCCCAGCCACCUGGAGCUAUUGAUAACCUGCCUCUCGUAACCCAAGAGCCAAUGAAGGCGCCAUCGUUGACGUUGGAAGGCGGCCGACUAAGGCAGUCCCCGCAGCUAGUUAAAGGGAAGCAUUAUGAAAUUGUCCCGGAGCCAGUCUGGAGGGCUCUUUACAACUGGUACACUGCAAACCUGUCUUUACCAAGGCCAGUGAUCCGAAACAGCAAGACGAACCAGCCUGAGCUGGAGCUCUUCCCCCGCUACCUGCUCUUCCUGCGGCAGCAGCCCGCCACCCGGACGCAGCAGUCCAACAUCUGGGUGAACCUGGGUAUGAUGAGCCUGAGAAUGUUUCCUCACCAUUUGCCGAGAGGGAACGUGCCCUCUCCCAACGCCCCCUUGAAGAGAGUCUUGGCCUACACGGGCUGCUUCAGUCGCAUGCAGACCAUUAAAGAAAUCCACGAGUACCUGUCCCAGAGGCUGCGGAUAAAGGAAGAGGACAUGCGCUUGUGGCUGUACAACAGCGAGAACUACCUUACUCUUCUGGACGAUGAGGACCACACACUGGAGUACCUGAGCAUACAAGAUGAGCAGCAUUUAAUAAUAGAAGUCCGCAACAAAGAUAUGAGCUGGCCAGAGGAGAUGUCCUUCAUAGCAAACAGCAGUAAAAUUGAUCGGCACAAGGUUCCUACUGAAAAGGGGGCCACAGGCUUGAGCAACCUCGGGAACACCUGCUUCAUGAACUCCAGCAUCCAGUGUGUCAGCAACACGCAGCCCCUCACGCGGUAUUUCAUCUCGGGCAGACACCUCUAUGAGCUAAACAGGACUAACCCGAUUGGUAUGAAGGGGCAUAUGGCCAAGUGCUACGGAGAUCUGAUUCAAGAGCUGUGGAGCGGAACUCAAAAGAACAUUGCUCCUUUGAAACUGCGGUGGACGAUAGCUAAAUACGCGCCCAGGUUUAACGGCUUCCAGCAGCAAGACUCACAAGAGCUCCUGGCUUUUCUCCUGGACGGUCUUCACGAAGACCUGAACAGAGUUCACGAUAAGCCAUAUGUAGAACUGAAAGACAGUGAUGGACGGCCUGACUGGGAAGUAGCCGCAGAGGCCUGGGAGAAUCAUCUUCGGCGGAACCGCUCCAUCGUGGUGGACCUCUUUCACGGGCAGCUGCGAUCUCAAGUGAAGUGCAAGACCUGCGGGCACGUCAGCGUCCGCUUCGACCCUUUCAAUUUUUUAUCUUUGCCCCUCCCAAUGGACAGUUACAUGCACUUAGAGAUUACAGUAAUUAAGUUAGACGGCACCACCCCCGUUCGGUACGGGCUGCGGCUGAACAUGGAUGAAAAGUACACCGGCUUGAAAAAGCAGCUGAGUGACCUUUGCGGGCUGAAGCCGGAGCAGAUCCUCCUGGCCGAAGUGCUCAACUCCAACAUCAAGAACUUUCCUCAAGACAACCAGAAGGUUCGCUCGGGGAGCGGCUUGUGUGCGUUCGAGGUACCGAUCCCUGGAUCCCCCGCGUCAGCUUCUCCGAGCCCAGUGCAGACAGAUUUCUGCAGCGGGCCAGCCGCUAACGGGAUGAUCAGCGUGCUGCUGAUGAACGGCGAUCUUUCGCGGCCCACCCUGAUCCCAAACGGGAUGCCAAACACAGUCGUGCCCUGCAGGUCCGAGAACGGCCUCUCCAACGGGGUGGCGAACGGCCACCGGCCCUCUCCUUCGGACAGCCCCUUCAUAGGCUACAUAAUUGCCAUCCACAGAAAGAUGAUGCGGACGGAGCUGUACUUCCUUUCCUCCCAGAAGAAUCGGCCGAGCCUCUUCGGGAUGCCCCUGAUUGUGCCGUGCACGGUGCACACGCGGAAGAAGGACCUGUACGAUGCCGUCUGGAUCCAGGUCUCUCGCCUGGCCAGUCCCCUCCCUCCCCAGGAAGCCAGCAACCACGCUCAGGACUGUGAUGACAGCAUGGGGUACCAGUACCCAUUCACACUACGAGUGGUUCAGAAGGACGGCAACUCGUGCGCCUGGUGUCCGUGGUACAGGUUUUGUCGGGGCUGUAAAAUCGACUGCACAGAAGAGGGAGCUUACCUUGGGAACGCCUACAUUGCCGUCGAUUGGGACCCCACGGCGCUUCAUCUCCGCUACCAGACAUCACAAGAACGGAUCGUGGAGGAGCACAGGAGCGUGGAGCAAAGCCGGCGGGGCCAGGCCGAGCCCAUCAACCUGGACAGCUGCUUGCGGGCAUUCACCAGCGAGGAGGAGCUGGGCGAGGAUGAAAUGUACUACUGCUCCAAGUGCAAGACUCACUGCCUGGCCACCAAGAAGCUGGACCUCUGGAGGCUUCCCCCUAUCCUGAUCAUCCACUUGAAGCGCUUCCAGUUUGUCAAUGGCCGCUGGAUCAAAUCCCAGAAAAUUGUCAAGUUUCCCCGCGAGAGUUUUGACCCGAGUGCCUUCCUGGUGCCAAGAGACCCCAGCUGCUGGGCGCAGAAGCUGCCGACCCCGCAGGCCGAAGACCUUUCCUUGCCCCAGGCCCUGCAGGAGGAGUGUCGGAGAACGGAGACACCCAACGUUGGCCUGGCAGGGGAGGGCGACGCUCUGACCCGCAGCCCCUCCUCCCUCAACGCUUCCAACAUCUUAAACAACAUCAAAGCAUCUCCCUUGUCUGGAAGGAAAUGCCCGGCAGGCUGCCCCUCGAGUAAAACCGUCAGCCCGACUGGCAGCCCGAGGACUUUGGGGAAAGGCAAGGGGCGCCUUCGGCUUCCUCAGCUGUACAAAAACAAACUGUCUGGGAGCAAAGAGAACUUGGAUGCCGGGCGAGAGAACGGCGCCGAUGCGGAUCAGAAGGUCACCCCUGAACAAGGAGACAUUGCGGGCCGGGGGCAGGCUCCGGGAGGCAGCCAGGGCGAACCCUUUGCCGCCCAGGACCACGAAGGGACUUUAGCCAACGGCUACCUUUGCACACAGAACUCGCACAGCGACGGCAGCCUCAACGGUCAGCUCGAAACCUGCGGGGAGGAGGAACUGGGGGACGACCAAAGAGAAGGCUGUGAGAACCCCAUCUACAACCUAUAUGCAAUUUCGUGCCAUUCAGGAAUCAUGGGAGGAGGUCACUACGUCACUUAUGCCAAAAACCCCAACGACAAGUGGUACUGUUACAACGACAGCAGCUGUAAGGAAUUGCAUCCCGAGGAAAUUGACACGGACUCCGCCUACAUCCUUUUCUACGAGCAGCAGGGGGUGGACUAUGCACAGUUUCUGCCGAAGAUCGAUGGCAAGAACAUGGCGGACACAAGCAGCAUGGACGAGGACUUUGAGUCGGACUACAAAAAGUACUGUGUUCUGCAGUGAGUGGGAAAAGGGGGGACUUUUCCCAAGGGCCUCGUCUCCAGUCGCUCCUUCUGGUGGAAGUUGGCGUUGGCUGAGCAGAAGAGCUAAACGUCAUUUUCAUUCUCUUUAUUUUCCCUCUUGUUAUCUGAAAGCACAACUAAAGAGAGAGAGAGAGAGAGAAAGAGAAAAGAACAAAAGAAAUCCUAAUUAAAUAGCAGUUCAUAUCAUGCAAUAGAAUCGGUUUCGUUCAGAUCUCUCGCUGUGUGCCUGGAAACGUUUGUCGGCUUUUUCUUUCUUUUGUGGCUGUUUUUUAAACUUGCCUUCGGCCUUUAAACUGGUUUGAUGUCAUCAAGCUAGGACCAAAUUAGUUAAAUUUUAAAUAACCUCAAAGAAGAGCUGACCUGAAGUAACAUCAAGGGUUUUUUAAAAAAAACAAAUUAUCCUUAGCAAAAGGGAAAAUAAAACCUUUUUAAGGCUCUGUUUAGCUCCGAGACAAUUAACACGUAGUGUUGUCUGCUGGCAGCAUGAAAUGACUA